UAAUGGGUUUGAAGGAAUAAAGAGUCUCCUCGUCCGACCAGUUUUUCCAGUUUGAUAUAGACACGUAACGCACACAACAGCCCUUCAACACUGGCACGGCACGAACAUGGAGCAAUAAGUCUGUAUUAACACCUACAAAGGAUUCACACAAGUCACUCUGAGAACGUGUGUAGUGGUCAGGAUGAGCGCUCGGCAUCGAGCAGGUUCCCAGGACUCCCUGGACCAGCCGGACGAUGAGGUUGUGCCCUACAGUGAUGAUGAAACUGACGAAGAAAUAGACGAUGAGCUGGAAACAAGAGAUGAUGAGACACCAGGACCAGGAGUAGAAGAAAUCAGCCCCACAGCUACUGGAGAGGCCGGUUGGAGUGUCCGAGCGAACGACAGAGAAUACUGCAAACGACCAGAGUUCCAGAAAAAGGUCUUUCUGUGUAUCAAGAAAAGCAAAUACUCUGGAAAUGCAAUCAAGACUUAUAAAUACAACGUCCUCACCUUCCUGCCCUUGAACCUGUACGAGCAGUUUAAGAGAGCAGCUAACCUCUACUUCCUGUGUCUACUCAUCCUACAGAUCAUUCCUCAAAUCACCACACUGCCUUGGUACACCACCCUAGUGCCAUUAGUGCUGGUGCUUGGCAUCACUGCCAUCAAAGACCUGGUGGACGACCUGGCUCGACACAGAAUGGACAAAGAAAUCAACAACAGGAAGUGUGACGUGCUGCUUAAUGGCAGAUUUGUCGAGACCAGAUGGAUGCACUUGCAAGUUGGUGAUAUUGUACGACUAAAGAAAAACGAUUUUAUCCCAGCAGAUAUUCUGUCGUUGUCCAGUUCAAACCCCAACAGUCUGUGUUAUGUAGAGACGGCAGAACUUGAUGGAGAGACGAAUCUGAAGUUUAAGAUGGGUCUGAAAGUGACAGACGAACGCCUUCAAGAGGAGGAACAGAUGGCGAGGUUUAAUGCGAUGGUUGUGUGUGAAGAACCCAACAAUCGUUUAGAUAAGUUCAUUGGAACGAUGAUCUGGGAAUCUAAGAGUUACUCUCUCGAUCUCGACAACAUGCUGCUCAGAGGAUGCAAAAUUCGCAACACCGACGUGUGUCAUGGGCUGGUCAUAUUUGCAGGAAACGACACUAAAAUAAUGAGAAAUGGAGGAAAGACCCGAUUCAAACGCACCAAUAUAGACAAGCUCAUGAAUUACAUGGUCUACACUAUCUUCGUCAUGCUGAUUUUGAUCUGUGCUGGUCUGUCCAUCGGACACACAUACUGGUACGAGAGCAUCGGCAGUAAGGCCUGGUAUCUUAUAGAUGGUCUGGACUACACUUCAUCUUACAGAGGGUUCCUCAGUUUCUGGGGCUACAUCAUCAUCCUCAACACCAUGGUGCCCAUCUCUCUUUAUGUGAGUGUGGAGGUGAUCCGGUUGGGUCAGAGUAAGUUCAUUAACUGGGAUCUGCAGAUGUACUACGCUGAAAAGGACACACCAGCUAAAGCCAGAACCACCACACUGAACGAGCAGCUGGGUCAGAUCGAGUACAUCUUCUCUGAUAAAACCGGCACGCUCACGCAGAAUAUCAUGGCCUUCAAGAAGUGCAACAUCUCAGGAUUUACCUAUGGCGAGCCCACCAGUGCUGAUGGUGUGUCCUUGGAUCAUGCAAAGCCUGCAGAUUUCAGCUGGAAUAAGUACGCUGACAAGAGCUUCCAGUUUUCAGACAGUUUCCUAAUUUCCUGUAUCUGUUUGAAGAAGGACCCGGCAAUACUGGAGUUCUUCAAGCUGUUGUCCUUGUGUCACACUGUCAUGGUAGAACAUAAAAAUGAUGAUCUUGUGUACCAGGCGGCGUCUCCCGAUGAGGGCGCUCUGGUAACAGCCGCACGGAACUUCGGCUUUGUGUUUCUGUCCCGAACGCAGGACACCAUCACUAUCAGUGAGAUGGGUAAAGAGGAAACUUACGAGGUGCUCGCGCUGCUCGACUUCAACAGCGACCGCAAGCGCAUGUCCAUCAUCCUGAAGUUUCCAGAUGGUCGUAUUCGGCUGUACUGUAAGGGCGCAGACACUGUGAUCUACCAGCGACUCGAUCCAAAUUCCCAGCAUAAAGAGACGACUCAGGAAUCUCUGGACAUCUUUGCAAAUGAGACUCUGCGGACUCUGUGUCUCUGUUACAAGGACAUCGGUCAAGCAGACUUCGACGCCUGGUCGAUGAAACAUCAGGCCGCUAGCAUUUCCAUGGGUAACCGCGAGGAAGCUCUGGACCGCGUGUACGAGGAGAUCGAAAAUAACCUUCUGAUGAUUGGUGCGACAGCCAUUGAAGACAAACUUCAGGACGGCGUUCCGGAGACCAUCGCAAAACUAGCCAAGGCUGACAUCAAGAUCUGGGUUCUGACUGGCGACAAGAAAGAGACGGCUGAAAAUAUCGGCUACUCGUGCCAGCUGCUGACCGAUGACAUGAAGAUCCACUUUGGAGAGGACGUGAACGAACAGCUGAGGAACAGACAGGCGAACAGACGCAGCGACCCUCAAGGCAGGAAUAAGAAGAACAAGGAGGUGUUUUUCACAGAGCCUGGCAAGAACGCCCUCAUCAUCACCGGAGGCUGGCUGAAUGAGAUCCUGUACGAGAAGAAAAAGAAACGUCGUCGUUUCCGCCUGAAGAAGCUCGGCAAACGGUUUGCCAACCCCAGCCACCCUCAGGACAUCAACCAACCCAUCGACGACUGGGAGAAACAAAAGAGACAGGAGGACUUUGUUGACAUGGCGUGUGAAUGCAGUGCGGUGAUCUGUUGCAGAGUGACCCCCAAACAGAAGGCCAACGUGGUCAGUCUGGUGAAACGGUACAAGAAGGCUUGUACUCUGGCUAUCGGAGACGGAGCCAAUGAUGUCAACAUGAUAAAGACUGCAGAUAUUGGCGUUGGCAUUAGCGGUCAGGAGGGCAUGCAGGCGGUCAUGUCCAGCGAUUACGCUUUCGCUCAGUUCCGUUAUCUUGAACGCCUCCUGCUGGUGCACGGGCGCUGGUCCUACAUCCGCAUGUGCAAAUUCCUGCGUUACUUCUUCUACAAGAACUUCGCCUUCACCCUGGUCCACUUCUGGUUCUCGUUCUUCAAUGGAUUUUCCUCACAGACGGCAUAUGAAGACUGGUUCAUCACUCUGUACAACGUUUGCUACAGCAGUCUGCCGGUUCUCCUUGUUGGUCUUCUGGAUCAGGAUGUGAAUGACAAACUGAGUUUACGGUUCCCGAAGCUUUAUCUUCCGGGUCAGCAGGGGGCGCUGUUUAACUACAGGAAAUUCUUCAUCAGUUUGUUCCACGGGAUCUUCACGUCCCUCAUGAUCUUCUUCAUUCCGUACGGGGCGUUCCUGCAGACGAUGGGUCAAGACGGGGAGGCUCCGUCAGACUAUCAGUCAUUCGCCGUGGUAGCCGCGUCAUCGCUCAUCAUCACCGUGAACCUGCAGAUCUCAUUGGACACCUCCUAUUGGACGUUCGUGAACUUUUUCGCAGUGCUCGGCAGUAUCGCCAUUUACUUCGGCAUCAUGUUUGACAUGCACAGCGCAGGAAUACACGUCAUUUUCCCAUCAACUUUCACGUUUACAGGUGCGGCGUCUAAUGCUCUGAGGCAGCCGUACCUGUGGCUGACCAUCAUCCUGACGGUGGGGAUCUGUCUCCUUCCUGUCGUCUGCAUCCAGUUCCUCUAUCAAACCAUCUGGCCUUCUAUCGCUGACAAGGUUCAGAAAAACAGGAAAAAAUACGAAAUGGAAGACGAACAGGAGGAGAGAAAGAAGAGGAAGCCCACGUUCCAGCGUGGCGGACGUUCUCGACGCUCGGCGUAUGCGUUCUCGCACUCCCAAGGUUACGCCGACCUCAUCCGCUCGGGUCGCAGCAUACGCCAGAAACCGCGCGUGCGCCCUCAACUCCGAGAGAGCAUACGAGAGGUUCCUCAAGCUGAAAACAUCUGAAAUGCUCACGACCCACUCGGGCUGCGUUCCAAAUGCACUCCAAACACUGCUUAGUAAUACUGAAUGUGUUCAAGUCGUGUGCCUUUGCACAAUCAUAUCUGAGCUGCCCGCUGGAAUGGGCCAAUAGGAAGAGCCGUUGUGAGAUCUAAGGGGGAGGGGUUUCAUAAAAGCACUAAUAGGGGAAGGUCUAACAAGGGCUUUAAUUCUACAAUACAAUUAAACACUCACCGAUGACCAGUUCUGGUUUUAAUGUUGUGCACUGCGCACAACAAAUUGUAUAUCUCAGGUUUUUGUUAUGUGAUGUCACACUUGUGUCAGUGGUCGGGACCUUGAUUUGUAUGUGCAUUGAAGGGUCGUGUGUGUGCGUGUGUGUGUGUGUGUGUGUGUGUGUGUGAGUGUGUGAGUGAGUGAGUGAGAGAGAGUGUGAGAGAGAGAGUGUGUGUGUGUGUGUGAGAGAGAAAGUGUGUGUGUGUGAGAGUGUGUGUGUGUGUGUGUGUGAGAGAUAGUGUGUGUGAGAGAGAGAGUGUGUGUGUGUGAGAGAG